AUGUCCGCCGAGAACCCCACCAUCCUGCCCGCCGCCACCAACGGCGCUGCCGCCGCCCCGGCCCGCGCCAACGGCGCCACCAAGACCGACGCCAACCUCGGCACCUUCGGUGUCAAGUCCGGUCUCGCACAGAUGCUCAAGGGCGGUGUCAUCAUGGACGUCGUCAACGCUGAGCAGGCCCGCAUCGCCGAGGACGCCGGUGCCUGCGCCGUCAUGGCGCUCGAGAAGAUCCCUGCCGACAUCCGCGUCGAGGGCGGUGUCGCCCGCAUGUCCGACCCUGCCAUGAUCAAGGAGAUUCAGGAGACCACGACCGUCCCCUGCAUGGCCAAGGUCAGGAUCGGUCACUUUGUCGAGGCCCAGGUUCUCCAGUCGAUCGGCGUGGACUACAUCGAUGAGUCCGAGGUGCUUACGCCCGCCGACGACCAGCACCACAUCAACAAGCACAACUUCAAGGUGCCCUUCGUCUGCGGCGCCAAGAACCUCGGCGAGGCGCUGCGAAGGAUUUCGGAGGGCGCGGCGAUGAUCCGCACCAAGGGCGAGGCCGGCACCGGCAACGUUGUCGAGGCCGUCCGCCACCAGCGCACCAUCCAGGGCGAGAUCAAGAGGGUCGCCAGCAUGAGCGACGAGGAGCUCUACGCCUACGCCAAGGACAUCCAGGCUCCCUUCCACCUGCUCAAGGAGACCGCCAGGAUGAAGCGCCUCCCUGUCGUCAACUUCGCCGCCGGUGGUAUCGCCACUCCUGCCGAUGCCGCGCUCAUGAUGCAGCUCGGCAGCGACGGCGUCUUCGUUGGAUCGGGUAUUUUCAAGGGCAACAACCCUGCUGAGCGUGCGCGCGCCAUUGUCGAGGCCGUCACCCACUACAACGACCCCGCCAAGAUUGCCGCCGUCUCGGAGAACCUCGGAGAGGCCAUGGUCGGCCUCAACAUCACCAAGGACAUGAAGGGCGGCCGCCUUGCUGAGCGCGGCUGGUAA